AUGGAUCCCGCCCCCAAUAAUGAAUACCCCGCCGACUCAGCCUACAGCCCACACAUCGUCAAUGAACAAGACCAGCCAGAAGACACCACCGCAAUCCAAAAUGGCCAUCCAUCCCAACCAGCCACAGCCACUCCUCCCAUAAUCGAUAACGAUUCGAAUCUGCGGUAUAAUUCUCCAAAUCUCUCCCAGCAACCAAGCUCAAGACCCGACUCUGGAAUGGGUGGACAACAACAAACACAACACCAAGAAAACAGACAAUCACAACCCGCCAGUAAAAGCAGUGUGGUCAUCAAAGUCGGAAUGGUUGGCGAUGCUCAGAUAGGCAAAACAAGUUUGAUGGUCAAGUAUGUUGAAGGCAGUUGGGAUGAGGAUUAUAUCCAGACUCUAGGCGUCAAUUUCAUGGAAAAGACCAUCUCAAUACGCAACACUGAAAUCACCUUUUCUAUUUGGGAUCUCGGAGGUCAACGAGAGUUCGUCAAUAUGCUCCCCCUCGUCUGUAACGAUGCCGUCGCCAUCCUCUUUAUGUUCGAUCUCACCCGAAAAUCUACCCUAAACAGUAUCAAAGAAUGGUACAGGCAAGGACGAGGCUUCAACAAAACGGCAAUUCCAUUCUUAAUCGGUACGAAAUAUGAUCAUUUUGUCAAUUUCCCACGGGAAGAUCAAGAAGAGAUUAGCAAUCAGGCUCGAAGAUUCGCAAAAGCCAUGCGAGCCAGUCUCAUUUUCAGUAGCACGAGUCACAGCAUCAAUGUGCAGAAGAUUUUCAAGAUCGUCCUCUCCAAGGCAUUUGACCUGAAAUGCACCAUUCCCGAGAUCGAAAACGUCGGCGAGCCUCUGCUGCUCUAUCAGUCGGUUAAUUGA